GUCUGCCUGGACCCUCCCACACUCCUGACGCUCUCUGAGCUUUCUAGACAGUCAGAACGUUCGGGUGGCCUUCUAGUGACGACCACCGCGCUGGCCUGCGCCGCUGACGCUAUUAUCGCGAUAUUUAAAUACAUUACAGCCAUCUUCUCUAAGGAGAAACAACCCUUGAAGCGAUCCAUCCAUAUCUGCUGGAUAUCUGGAGGCAACAUGACAGGUUAUUGAAGAAUCACCAGUUUAUUUCUGCUCUCUAGGAUGGCUGAUGCUCCUCCGAUCCAAAACUCUUCUCAUCUAGCCAUCCACUCAAAAGCACACAGGGACACCAUCUUGAACAAAUUUGACAAGCUCAGGAAAAAGGACCUUCUGUGUGACAUCACAUUGAUCGUGGAGGAUGUCCAGUUCAAGGCCCACAAGGCCCUUCUGGCCGCCAGCAGUGACUACUUCUCUUUAAUGUUCACUGCUGAGGGGCCUGUGGGACAGUCGGUGUACAGGCUGGACGGAAUGGCUGCCCGCACCUUUGGGGCUGUGCUGGAGUUCAUCUACAGCGCAAAUGUAUUGGUGGAAGAAGGGGAUGGGGGGCCUCUCUUGGACAUGGCACGAUUCCUGGAAGUCAGUGAGCUGCUGAUGGCUUACUCAGACUGCCAGGGGGGGGAUGGGUGUGCCGCCACCAAACCGAAGCGCAAAAGGGGGAGGCCUAGGAAGAACAUGGUGGCCGGCGGGGUGAUGGGAACUAAAGAACAUGGCACAGGUGUGGAGCCAAACGAGGUAGUCGGCGGGGGUUUGCCAGAACCUCUGGUGGAGACAGUGGAGGACCCCGUUGAUUUGGAUGCCCUUGCUGCCCCCUCUGGGGAUGCAGAUAUAGACUAUGACCCCAGGGCCAGGCGCAGCCGCCACAGCAAACGCAAAAUCAAACCACCAAUGAAGCUGAAGGGUUACCGGGUUGGAGAUGAUGCAGCAGAGCCAGGCGAGCCGGAGAGGAGGAGAAGGGGCAGGAAGAGGAAGUACCCUAACACUGAGGCGAGGUGUGAGGAUUGUGGGAAGGUCUUCAAGAACCACCUCUUCCUAAAAAUACACCAAAGGACUCACACAGGUGAAAAACCAUUCAGGUGUUUUGUUUGUGGGAAGUGCUUCACUCAGAAGCACACCCUGCUGGUCCACCAGCGCAUGCACACCGGAGAGAAGCCUUUCACCUGCACCGUGUGUUCCAAGGCCCUGUCUACCAAACACUCUCUGUUGGAGCACAUGAACUUGCACACAGACCAGAAAUCUUUCAGCUGUGAUCAAUGUGGAAAGACAUACAGCCAGAAGAGGCAGCUGAAGAGCCAUUAUAGAGUACACACAGGCAAACCUUUUCCGGAGUGUGCACAAUGUCACCGUAAGUUUAUGGAUGCAGCACAGCUGAAGAAACAUCUUAGAACACACACAGGCGAGAAACCUUUUACCUGCGAGAUCUGUGGGAAGUGCUUCACUGCCAAGAGUACACUGCAGACACACAUCAGGAUUCACAGGGGGGAAAAACCAUACGUGUGCAGUGUCUGCAGCAAGUCCUUCUCUGACCCCAGUGCCCGGAGGCGCCAUGUGGCCUCCCAUACAGGCAAGAAGCCCUUUACCUGCUCCCUCUGCAGCCUGUCCUUUGCUCGCCUGGACAACCUCAAAGCCCACGCCAAGACGCACAACAAGGAGAGGUCUGCAGGGGCCAUAGGCGAGGUUGCCGUAGCGGCCGCCAGCAGGGACAGACCCGGGGAUGAGGUGCAAGGUGUCCUGCAGUUGCAGCAGUACCACCUUCCCACCACCACGGGAGAGGAGAUCCAGCUGGUGGUCACAGGCGAGGUGGAGAACAUGAAUUUCCCAGGGCAGGAGCAGGGCAUCAACAUCAUAAGCGAGCCAGAGGAGGCGGUGGGUGGCGGUGGCAGUGGUGGCGAGGGGGUGGGCCCAAGCCUCACGCUCCUCACCCAGCCCUCACAGCACGUGCAGAACCUGGCCCUGGUCUCCCAGGGCGAUCAGACCCUGGGAGUUCUGGAGGGCGGGGCUGAGCAGAUGCAUGUCAUCACCCUGACUAAGGAGACCAUGGAGCACCUGCAGGUCCACCAUGCACAACCCUCGGCCCCACCCCAACACCUCCAUGUGUUGCAGCACCCACCCCUCCCACAUCUGCCUAUCACCCCGGAGACACCCGCCCAGCAGCAGGGCCAGGCCAUUCACAUUAGUGGCCAGACAGCACAACCGAUCUCCAUAAGCCAGACCACCCAGCAGAUCCCCAGCCACCACAUUCAGGGUCAGACAUACCAGAUUCAGGCUGGAACUGUCUCCUACCUCUACACCAGCCUGGCCCCACAGACCUGAGCAGACUACAGCUACUUCAGCAUGGUUGUGUAGGGAGCGGACCUGGGUCAAAUGAACUACUUUCGCUUUCUACCCCACUAAAAUGUCAUACUUUUAUGGACAUUAAUAAGAAUUUUCAAAUAAAUAUGUUACUAACCAAAACAUGUGAAAAGAAUAGAUUGUGAAAUAUUUUGUUAUUAAUAAUGGUGAAAAUAAAUUAUACUUUUCAAAUUGU